AUUCAUACAAUUGCUCACGCGGCGCCAUGUUCGCUUACCUCGUAUCACUUGUGAUUAUAAUAGGUGCUGAUGGUUUCUGCGGCGAAAAUAUCAAGUGGUCCCAUCAUUUAAACAUAGAGGAUGUCUAUGGGGUGUGGUAUGGUGUUGGUUACGCUCAACAUACUCCUGACAUGACAGACAAACCAAAUGAAGUAGGGUGUGUCGCCCUUUACAUCAGCGACGCUAGUACUGAAGUUAGUAAUGACUGGCUGGAUUGGUCUCUACGUCGUCGUAACUAUUCAGAUCAAAACUGGAGAUCUUACAGAAGCAAUCCAUGGUCUGAUACACCUAUGUCAGGAUCUUGGCUGGACAUUCGUGUAAAGAGAAGAGCCAAGCGGAACAUGUACACUGAACGAAGGUUACGAGUUAUAUGGGACGAAGACGGGCAGACAAUGGAGCAAGUAUAUAUUUAUACCCCCGACGAACCAGGGCUUUGGGUGGCAGAGAAAAUGCGGCCUGGAGAGCUUGAGUUGAUAUCAAGAGGAAUAGAUGUUUGGUAUCCUGACGAUCCACCUCGUCAUCCGGAAGUGAUUAAAAUACUUAAAUUGAAUCGGGACAUGAUGAUUAUCAAUCAUUGUUCCGAUUCUGGUAAUGAAGGAAUCUUCUCGCUUAUACUCAGACGUACUUCUACUAGAAUGGACCGGUCUGAGUGGUUCGACCUCCGACGGCAGUUCUAUUCAUUCGAUCUACCACCGAUGCACAGGCAUUCAGCUAUUUGUGCGGGAUGUAUUCAUUGUGGUUCAGUUCUGCUAAUGUUUUCACUUUACACUUUGAUUGUAUUGUUGCGUUCGAUAACAUCUCUGAAUUUUGUUACCUAGAUAUUUGUAUAGAAUAAAUUUUUAACUACAUCUAUAUUUAAAGAUGUUUAUCGGAACACUUAAUAUCUUAUAUAUUAGCAAGUCACAUUUUAAAAAUUCAUAAUCUGUGAUUGUCUCUGAAAACACAUAAAUAUAGCUAAACUCGCAUAUCAAAUAGACAGUAAGCCGCGUGCGUGCGUGUCAUUCCUUAUUUCCAUGAUUUACGAAGCAAGACAGAAGACAAUAGUUUCAUUCAUAAUUCGAAAUGCAACUUGAAAAAAAAACUAAAUAUAAUUAUGGGAAACAAACAUAAAUAAUUCGGUGAAUAUGUUAAUUAUUUUACUUUAACUGCGUAUAUUUGUUAAAUAUAACAUUGUGGAUGAGAAAUUGAUAAAAUAUAUUAAGUAUACAACGUUAUUUUCCAUCUGAAAUUUUCUUGUUUAUUUUAUGUAAUAAGCCAUAGAAUUACUUUAUUUAAAUUGUAAAUAAUGAAUGUCUAUUUAUAUUUUUGCGUGUCCAAUAAGAUAAAGUUAGGUAUACAAUUGAGAAGUUUGAAUUUAUGUAAUAUGGUAAAUUAUUGAAUGAUUUUUAAUUUAUUAAAAGUGAAAUUGUAAAUAACGAAAUUUCGUAGUAUAUAGAAUAAAUUGAUAUUUGAAGGCUGAAUUAAUAAUUGUAACAUAAUAAAAGUAU